GCAAACCCCGACACAAUCACCUUCUUUGUGGGAGCCACCAUGCGCUACCCUUACCACACCAAGCUUGAGGGCUCCCUCGCCCACGGCACCACCGCUGUCAACGAGGGCGAUGAGGUUACAAUUUUCAUCAUGUACUUCAACGGCAAGAACGAGCUCUGGGCACGCGGUACCAUCGCUCAAGUCAGCAACAUGCGAAGCAGCAAACAGGCCCUGAUCGCAUACAUCAUCAUCGAGUACCGCUCCCACUGCCACGACAUCCUGGAGAAGUUCUACAACACGGUCGUAGGCAGUCAGAAGGAAAUCGCUUCGGCCAACGAUACCGCCUCCAAGUUCUUCGACAAGCUCAACGAGUACGUCACCCAACUACGCCCGUAA